UGUCCAUGCUGGAUAUAUUGAUGAUUUCAUCACAGAAAUCUCUCAGCUGAAGAAAGAGGUGGCGUUACUGAAGACAAUGCUGAGGUCAAGAGGAGAUUUAGCAAUGAAUCGAGAGGAUGUGGAUUGUUGUGAAUCUUCAGUGUAUGUGACUGAUGAUGGGAGUCUGGAUUCAGUGUGGAUGAGCAGAGAUCAGAGCCGCACACCACAGCCACUGCUGGACUCUAAACUCUCUGAAGAGAAAUCCAGACACACACAGGACUCCGAUCUCAGGCUGACUUUACUCUGUUAUACUGAGUCAAAGCCCACAGACACUCAGGACACUACAGUGUGUGACAGUAAACAGAGCUUACAGGAGGAUCAAACCUCCACAGAGUCUCUGGAUUCUGUCUGUAACGCUGGAGAACAGCAGCAGAUCCUACAGACCACACUGAAGAUGUGUUCAGUUAAACUCAUCGACUGCACAAACCUCAUAAUGAAGAUUAAAACUGAACCCACAGAAAUCAAAACUGAACCCACAGAAAUCAAAACUGAACCCACAGAAAUCAAAACUGAACCCACAGAAAUCAAAACUGAACCCACAGAAAUCAAAACUGAACCCACAGAAAUCAAAACUGAACCUACAGAAGAGGAAGAUCGCACUGAGGAAGAUGAUGAUUUUAUUCCAUCAGAUGUGAAGAGUGAUUCAUGUUUGGAUAUAGAAAUAACGUCCUCAACAUCAAAAGAGCGACUGACAGCACAAACUCUUUCCUGCAUCACCUGUGGAAAGACAUUCAGCUCACAGAGACUUUUAGAGAGACAUGAGAGAAAACACACAGAACAGAAACUCUUCACCAGAUCUGAGAUCAGCUUUACUACCUUACAAGAGAAGCGGCAGUUUCACUGUGAGCAGUGUGGGAAGAUUUUUGUCUCUUCCUAUAAUCUAAAGGUUCACAUGAGGACACACAGUGGUGAAAAGCCUUUCAACUGCACUGAAUGUGGAAAAUACUUCAGAACCAAACACAAUCUUAAAGUUCAUCAGAGAGUUCACACAGGAGAAAAACCUUUCGAGUGUCCUCACUGUGAGAAGAGAUUUAGCUUUAAACAUAGUCUGAAGAAACAUGUGUUUUUACACACCAAUGAGAGACCGUAUCAGUGCAGUGAAUGUGACAAAGCCUUUAGGGAUUCAAGUUCAUUAAAAAAACACCAGAAAACUCACAUUAAGGAGAAACUCUAUCAGUGUUCACACUGCGAUAAAUGUUUCUGUCAUAAAUAUCAGCUAUUAAAACAUGAGACAUUUCACACUGGAGAAAAAACUCAUUACUGUAGUAUCUGUGAGAAGAGUUUUAAUCGACGUGAAAGUUUAGUGAUACACUUGACAAUUCAUACAGGUGAAAAACCUUACAAAUGCUCUCAGUGUGACAAGACGUUUACUACUUCAUCUUCCUUAAAAGUCCAUCAGAGAGUUCAUACUGGAGAGAAACCUUAUCACUGUAGUGUCUGUGGGAAAAGCUUCUCUAGUUCAUCUCGAUUAAUAGUUCAUCAGAGAGUUCAUACUGGAGAAAAACAGCAUCACUGUAGUGUCUGUGGGAAGAGUUUUAAUCGACAUGACAGUUUAGUGACACACCAGAGACUUCAUACAGGUGAAAAACCUUACAAAUGCUCUCAGUGUGACAAGACGUUUGCUCAGUCAGGUCAUUUAAGAGUCCAUCAGAGAGUUCACACUGGAGAGAAACCUUAUCACUGUAGUGUCUGUGGGAAGAGUUUUAAUCGACAUGACAUUUUAGUGACACACCUGAGAAUUCAUACAGGUGAAAAACCUUACAAAUGCUCUCAGUGUGACAAGACGUUUACUUAUUCAGGUAAUUUCAAAGCCCAUCAGAGAGUUCAUACUGGAGAGAAACCUUAACACUGUAAUGUGCUUGUCUCUCCUGCUCCGGGUGGAUAGCUUUAAUAUCCGAAUGAAGAUUCAUGUUGAUAGGAACGUCAAACGCAUGCGGAGCUGCAUAGAUGGACUGACAACUGGAUUUAAAGUAUCGUGAGAUCAGACUGCUUGUUAUAAUUUGGAAUGGCUCCCGCGGCACAAUGAUGUCACUCGCCAGCUGGUCUGUGCAGCGCUGCAUGAAGUUAAGAACAUGGGGGCCCCCUAGUGGUGCGGGCCACACGCAGCUCGCGUAGCCUGCGUAUAGGGAGGAUCGGCUCUAAUCAAUUUAAACUUAUCUUGUAAUGAAAUAAAAUUAUGUAUGUGUAUAACUCUGCCACACAUGGGCACUCUGGUAACUUAACAGUCGCAUGAAAGUCCAUGACAUGUGAGAAUGCAGGUUUUAUUAUUACUUUUUAGUUGUUCACCUCACUUUCAGAGACGUUAAUACACCGUUUGUUGUAAUUAUAUCCAAGAAGCACACAAAGAGCACCGUUCCCAUCUAAGACCUGCAGCAUACUUUAGCAAAGAUGCUUAUGAGAUGGCAACCUUUCAUUAGAAAACAUGAAACAGUCAACUUGGCUAGCGUGUAGCGCCCCAGCCAGUCAAUGAUCAGUGAUAUAUGUUGCGGGUGUUCAGAGUGUAACGACAGCCAGUUACCGUUUACAGUUUCUUGCCAGAAUAUAAGAUUACAUUUUAAUCUGUUCUUUUUAAAAUGGCUUCUGGUCUCCUUUCCUGUGUAUAGCAGCGUUGCUAUGCUAAUCUUGUAGGCUUCCUUGAAGAGGGUCUUUGCUUUCAGUAUCCUAACUGUAUUUGCAUUUUCUGUAUCGGACCCUAUCCACUGCGGAUGCCAUUUCCUGCGUUGGCAGUCAGCCUCGUCUCUCAUGGUGUUAAAAGGCCCAGGUGUGUGUUUGGCAUCGAGCAUUGUUGUGAUCAUUUUUGGGAACGUUAUUUUUAGGUUUUAUUUUUGCAACCAUAAAAUAACGUUCCCAUAACGUUGCAGGGUGGUUAUUUUUAAAUAACCUAAAAAUAACUAAUACAGAAUGUUCUCUAAUGGUUAUUUUUUUGGUUGUGUUUUUUUUUUUUUGACGAAAUUAAGAGAAAGCAUAACUAAACCCAUUAUCCCUUAACUCUUUCCCUGCCAGCGUUUUUUUUUUUUAAAGUUGCCAGCCAGCGCUAGCAUUUUUCAUGAUUUUCACAAAAGUUUAAUGCCUUCCAGAAAAUGUUCUUCUUUAAAUAUAUAAACAAUAUAUAUCAAACGAAAUAACAGAUCAUCUGCUUUCAAACAAACAAAAAAACAUUUCAUCCUACCUUCAUUAGUUCUCUUUUUAUCACCUGUCAAAUAUGGGUAGGUUUCUUAAAAAAAAAACACCCAAUUUGAGCAAAAGGCUGAGAUAAUUCAAUUUUUGUGAAGGACUUUUGAUAGAAAUCAGAUGCAUUGCGAACUCGUAAUUGCCGAGUUAUCUCGUCAAUGGCAGGGAAAGAGUUAAGUGUGCCCUUCUGUUAUGCUCCCACAUCUUACCGAAUUCUGAAUGAGAAACACAUCUAUUUUUUCUCCUGGGCCCAGUUUUUCAAAAGUAAUCCACUAGGAUUUUGAAUAACGGAAUGGAUCAAAUCUUGAAAAUGGGUUUUUCAAAAGAAAAAACGGAUUACAUAAUCGGAUUAGAUCAUGUAAUCCAAUCUUGGUUUUGAUCCGGAUCAAACCUUUAGUUUGGGGUUUUUAGAACUUUUUUGUAGGAUUUGGAUCACUUUGAUCCAAAAAAUCUGGAUUAAACUGAUUCCAUCAGAAGGGUGGAUUCAGCGUGGAUUUCAUGCCCAAAAUGUAAUGAAAACUUUAAAAAUGUAUCAAAUAAUACUAUAUUUGGAUCAUGCAGUAUCUUACAAGAUAUCCUAUUUAUUCAUAAGGUUGUAAUUUUAUUUGUUUAUCUGUCAGGCUAUAGUGCUAAAUAGGAUUUAACGUAUUCAGCCUUUCAGUAUAGGCCUUCAGCAAAGUAGAAAGAGUUUGGCCUCAUAAAAUAAUCCCCCAAACAGCUGUCAAAAUUGACCAAAAACAAUAAAUUUUACUCUGUCACUAAUUUGAGAAUAAAUAUAAAUAUAUAUAAUAUCUAGGUGUGUGCUGGAAGAGGAUGGGGUGGGGGUUUUCUUGUUUUUUUUUUUUUAAAUGUGUGUUUUCAUUUAAAAUAAAAAUAAUCUUAUAUUGACCCACACUGGCUAUUCUACUUGUUGCUCUUUACAUAUCUAUAGUUCUACAUUGUGAUUUCCUAUCCUGUUGGAGCACUGGUUAUCCAGAUUUGGUGAGCCUGAAAAGUUCCUAUCCAGAUCAGAUUGAUCCAAUCCGAAGUUGCUUUGAAAAACUGGCUCAAAAGUAAGAUGGAUUACGUGAUCACGGAUCGCAAAAAAAAGGAUUACUAAAUCCGGAUCUAUUUUAUCUGGAUUAAACCUUUUGAAAAACCGGGCCCAGGUAAUCAAUUCUAUUUUAAAUUAUUUUAUAUCUAGUUCUUAAUUUGUUAAUACCUUGUAUACACAUUUUCAUUUUAUGUAAAGCACUUAAUUACCUCUGUGUAUGAAAUUUGGUAAAUAAACUUGCCUUGCAAUGGUUAAAAAUAUAAACAACUACAUCAUCAUGUUGAUAUGCUAUAUUUUACUAUGAAACUCUUACGGCAAACAUGUCUUCUAAUGUCUUCAAUUGUUGCAUAUACCAAGCUGCAGCGAACACAUUUGUAAACUUUACUAGUAGCCAUUGUUUGAGCUGUCUCUUUAAUAACACGUGGUUUAUAUACAUUUUGCCGCUGAUUGGGCCGACAUUUCUGACACACCCACCAAACAAGAGAAAACGCAUCUAAAACCUGUUGCACACCAUUGAACGCCGUUUCCAGGAAACAUGUCGUUCAACCUGGAAACCGUAGCAAAAUGUUGCUCACCGGUGUGAACUUGAACGUGCUCGACGUCUUGUGCUGGGUGGGUCCGCCCCAUCUCCUCCCCGAAACAACCAUAUAUGGAGCGUAAUUUGGUUUUGCAUUUUAAGUUUGAUUCGAGGGACAGACUGCGUGUUUACGUCCUUAACGUGAGAGCACUCGUGAAUUGUUUUUAAAACGCAGCGCAAAAUGCUAGGAUGCCUGAAAGAAAACCUGCAAUGCAUGCCCCACCUCCGAGCCUUUAAGACUGGUAAACUAUUCGGCGUUUAAAUCUUCGCUUCAAAAGACGAUGGCCAUGAACAUCAAUCUAGCUCGUGUUUAUAAAGAAAAACAAUUAAAUUAAUGCAAAGUGGAAUUAAAAAAAAACUAUGUGAAUCCUCCUUUGCCCUGGAGUUGAUUUAC